UCUCUCGAGGGUAACAGAGGAUCAUAUCAUCCUGGUCCCUGUUCUUCCACGAGUGAUACGGAAAAUCUCGGGUUGAAGUUCAUCCAGUGAAACGAACAUGAAGAAACUGUGUAUGUGGAUUUUUUUCAAUUUGUGCGUGUUCACCAUGUCUCAGAAAACAGCCCUAGAUUCGGCAUUUAAUCUACAGAUCUAUCGUCAAUUUCGUAACUGGAUUUUCCAAAAUUUUGGUGACGGAAUUGGCACAAGUGAGGGACGAAGAUCGUUUUCGGGAAUGAGUCUGGAAAAAGUUCAAAGGGAAAUCCCAGUGGACGUUCCUUUUCCUUGUAACGUUACAAAUGGGAGAUCAUCCACGGUGCCUACUUCGGUUCAUCGUUUGCGGCCAGGCGACAUAGACGUUAUCGCAGCGUUGGGCGAUUCGUUGACUGCCGGGGCAGGCAUUUUUGCUAGCAAUUUAUUUCAGAUCGGUAUCGAAAACAGGGGUGUAGCAGGCAGUAUCGGUGGACAAGGGACGUGGCGAACGUACUUGACUCUCCCCAACAUUCUCAAAGAAUUCAACCCUAAACUAGUGGGGUACGCGCUUGGAGAUUCUUUGACUACUCAUCCGAAAUCGCAGCUGGACGUUGCUGAGACUGGUGCCAUGUCCAGAGACAUGCCUUUCAUGGCUGAAUAUCUAGUGAAAAAAAUAAAAAAUGAUCCGAGAAUAGAUUUAAAAAAGCAUUGGAAGUUGAUUUCGUUGUUUAUCGGGAGCAACGAUUUUUGUUCAGAAUUGUGUUCGGUUCCUUCGCCGUGGUCCGUAUUGGAGGAUCACAAAACCGAUUUACUCGCUACUCUUAGAAUAUUAAGGGACAAUUUACCAAAGACCUUCGUUACUAUUCAUUUACCUCCGCACUUGAAGGCACUCGUUGAUACACGCGAAGGAAGAGACUCGUUGAAUUGCUAUAUAACGACGACCAUCGAGUGCUCGUGCUUGUUUGCCUUGCAAUUCAGAGAUCAAAGACCGGAAUAUUAUGAGAUAAUGAGGAGGUGGCAGGACUUAGAGGAAGAAGUCGCAGAAUACCCAGAGUUUCACAGAGAGGAUUUCACUGUGGUAGCUCUACCUGUUCUUAAAAAUUCGAUGAUACCACUUGCAGAGGAUGGAUACUCCGAUAUGUCGUAUCUUUCGUCCGACUGCUUUCAUAUAAGCCAAAAGAGUAACGCGCGAUACGCGAACGGUCUCUGGAAUAAUUUAUUAGAACCGGCUGGUAACAAGACUGAUCACUGGCUUCCGGUGUAUCAGAAAUUUUUAUGUCCAACUCCGAGGAGACCAUUCUUGAUGACACUCGAAAAUUCGCAUUGGGACGAUAACAAUGAUGUUUAAAAUGUACCGAAUACAAAGGAUGCUUGCCAGACGAUUAAGAUAUAUACUCUAGUGUAAUGAAAGUAAUGUGCCAUUUUAGUCAGCCUAUUUAUUUUUAAUUGACACUUGUUUUCUAUUUAUUUGUAUCUCAGGUUGAAUAAAAACUAUUUCUAAUAUAAAA